AUGAGUUCAAUGCGUGCAGCUCCUCCUGUAUCCAGUUCAACUUGUGAAUGGUGUUCUCAACAAACAUUUCGUAGUCAAUCAACAAAAUUGUGUCAACAUAGAAUUUGUAAUCAAUGUAUUUUUAUUGAUAAACAAUGUGAAUCGGAUUGUCCUAUAUGUUGGUAUAUAAAUGGAGCACAAUUUAUACAUGAUAAUAGAAUCUGUUCUGUCUGUUGUAAUGGAAUUAAUCCCGGUGAUAAAAUAUUACAAUGUUCUAAAAAUCAUCCACAUUGCCCUCAAUGCUAUGUAGCAGGUUGUGUUUUAUGUCAAUUUCGUAAAUUAAAGUCAUGGAGCCAAACUUCUUAUCGUGAUCUUCCAGCAAGUUCUCAACGUAUUCUUUAUGUAUGUCACAUAUGGCAAAUGAAAUUUGAAGAAGUCCAAAAAUGUGUGAUGAACAGUAAUAUAUUAUUGAGUAAAAAAGAUCCAUCAUUAAUGGACGUUGAUAACAAACAACAUGUGUUAGGUCCAGUUCUGUCACUAAAGCAUAAAAAAAAGCCUUCAACAGAUGAAGAAAUCGGUGAUUGUAUGAUAUGUCUAGAACAUUUGGGCUCAUCAUAUCAUAAACUUGACGUAUGUGGUCAUCUUUUUCAUAAAUCUUGUAUUGAUCAAUGGUUUGAAUCUAAUGGAAAACAAUCUUGUCCAAGUUGUGGAUAUGUCUAUGGAAUUAGUAAAGGUUCUCAACCUCCCGAUGGUCGCAUGACAUAUAGAUACAUAAAUACACCAUUACCUGGAUUUGAAAAUGAAAAUUAUGAACAUGGACAACCAACUAUUGAAAUAACUUAUUUAUUUCCACCUGGUAUUCAAGGUUCUCUUAAUCCAAAGCCUGGUAAAUCUUAUCCUGGAACAACACGUAGCGCUUAUUUACCAAAUAAUAAAGAAGGAAAUGAAGUGUUACGUUUAUUACGAAGAGCAUUUGAUGAUCAACAUAUAUUUACUAUUGGAAGAUCAGCAACAACCGGUCAAGAUAAUGUUAUUACAUGGAAUGAUAUUCAUCAUAAAACAAAUAUUCACGGUGGACCGGAUCGUUUUGGUUAUCCAGAUCCAACAUAUUUAUUUCGUGUUCGUCAAGAACUUGCCGAUAAAGGAUAUAAAUAA